ACCCUGCGUCCGGCGGAAACGCGGACCGGAAGCCGACACAGCGGCUCAGCCAUGGGAGCUCCGGGCGGCAAGAUCAACCGGCCGCGAACGGAGCUGAAGAAGAAACUGUUCAAGCGACGGCGGGUGUUGAACCGGGAGCGGCGCCUGAAGCACCGGGUGGUCGGGGCCGUGAUCGACGAAGGGCUGACCACGCGGCACCACCUCAAGAAGCGGGCGUCCAGUGCACGUGCCAACAUUACUCUGUCUGGGAAGAAGCGCAGAAAACUCCUCCAGCAGAUCCGGCUUGCCCAGAAAGAGAAAGCAGCCAUGGAAGUGGAAGCCCCUGCAAAGCCAGCCAGGACUAGUGGCCCACAGCCUAAAUCAAAAAAGAAGACGAAGCCCCCCCAGGAUGUAGACAUGGAGGACCUUGAAGAUGGGAGCUAAGUCUUACCCCUUUCAUCACAAGGUUCUCACCUGGAGCCAGGCGGACUCAGGGCUUGUUCCAGAAGACUUUGGAGAAGACAUUGCACCUUUUCACUCUCCCCAGACUCCUCUUCCAUAAUGGCCUAGUGGCCUGCCUGGAGGGACGUGUUGAGAGGAAGAGUGGAAAAGGAGGACUAGAGAGGCGGCUCCUUAGCAGGCAACUCCAUUUGCAAUAAAGCCCGUAGUUCUCGCUGAGAUGUGUGUGGCUGAGUGCAGGGCUGGGGAUGGGCCUUGAGAAGGGCUCUGUGAGUGGGGAAAAGGCAGCUGUGACACGGGACCCACAGGGUGCGCUUGAGCAAAGGCAUCCAGGAGCCAGCCUCCGUCACAGCCCGUGAGUGUCACUCCAACUUUCCACUUCCGACCAAAGUACAGCUUGCUGUAGAGAUGGCCGAGGAGGUAAGGGUCCUGAAACCAGCCCUGCCACUGCUCUGUGUUACCGGGUGGGCUGAUCGCUUCGUCAUGUUUGUCGCUGCUUCCUUUGCUGGAUUAUAUUUUUAAUAAAGUGAAGACCAGA